AUGGCGGCAUCGGCCGCAACAUACAAGCAUGUCACUGAACCACCGGACUCCCAGAGAAACUUCCUAGUCGUUGAUUCCAAGACCGAGACCUCAGAGAUCGAACGGGCCUUCCAGAACUUCACCCAGGAGAGGAAAGACAUUGCCGUGCUCUUGAUUAACCAGCAUAUCGCAGAACGCAUCCGCCAUAUCGUCGACGCAUUCGCCGAUCCUUUCCCAGCUGUCCUUGAAAUCCCCAGCAAAGACCACCCCUACGACCCAGAGAAGGAUAGUGUUCUCAAGCGUGUCCGCCGCCUGUUUGGGGAGUAG